AUGUCCAAGUCAUGGAAAAUGCUUCUCUGGUUUAUUAUGGGAUUCCAAAUAGUCACGCUUGCCGCAAGCGAGAUUUUCCAGCUACUUGAGUGCCGUCCGGUGCGGGCCAUGUGGGAACCGGUCGAUAAUGCAGAAUGUAUGCCUAUGCAGAAAGUCUGGGUAAUCGGCUAUGUUUUCGUCGGAGCUAGCAUGGCCAGUGACUUGGUGUUGGCUAUUCUUCCUAUGUUUCUCAUCUGGAAACUGAGUAGAAGUGCUAUAGAGCGCUGCCUCGUGUCUGUCUUGAUGGCACUCAGUCUCUUUGCCACUAUCAUUACGGUGUUGAAAGUCGUUUACAUAAAGACAUUUGAUAUUGAUUCCCUAGAUACCUUCAGAGCUAGCAUGCCGCUGUUUCUCUGGUCUCGAAUGGAGGAGUGCGUAAUACUGAUAGCAGCUUCUGCUCCACUGCUUAAGGCCCCUGUAGAGUCAGCCCUAAGUCGAUGGGGGUUCCCUACAUUUCGGAAUCCGAUUAGACAGCUCAACUCAUGGGAUUCGACUCAAGCACCUGACCAAGAUAUGCUGAGUAGGACUAUCUGUGAUAGUCAAGGAUGCGAGGUAGAGGGCGUCGAGAGGAAAUCAGCUUUUGUAGACCGAGUGGAGGCUUGA